AUGAAAGGCGUUCAAUACAGUCGGUUACAGAGUUCGGAGGAAGAUACAAAUCUGGAAACAGUGAUUGAAGUUCAUUUUGCUCAGCUCAAAGAUCAAAUUAAAUUGAAGGUAGCUUCUGGAAAUUCCAAGUGUGUAUGCAUCACUUUCAUCGCCUUUGCUGUGAUAUUCGCAUUUUUUGCGUACAUUAUCUUCCAAACUAAUAUUCAAUCGGUGAGAAGUUGACGUGAGCAUUAAUUAUGCUCACAUUUCAGAAAUCUGCUGUGAUACAUGAAAAAUACAAUCGUUCACUGGAAUACCAUGAACACGUUUCCGUGAAAAAGAGAAACAUAACGAACUGGCAGGAUUACUACUUCACUAAGCAAGUUUCAUGAAACUUUAUCCUCCAUGGAAGGUCCUUCAGAGACGAGAGUAAAUUCCUAAACUGUUCUGGAUUUGUAAAUGGUGAUAAGGAUGCGUUAGACUUGUACGUGAACAACGGACGGAUGAAACUGGACAAGGAGAGGGUGUUCGAUCUUCCGAUGGAUUGCGAUUCGAUCAAAGAAAGGGUGUACGGGGAUCUGCCACAACCGUUCAAACCUCUGAAGAGACCGAUCGCAUUUGUGAGGACGAUCUUCAAGUUGUACGAACUGCAGGAGGCGCUCUUCUCCAUGUCCUAUCAUCCGGAUAAUGUAUUCUGCUACGUGAUCGACUCGAAGAGCACUGACAAAUUGAAAAAUGCAAUGAGAACAAUGAGCGCGUGCUUCGUAAACGUUGUAGUUCUGGAGAAAGAGUACAAUUUGAACAGUGGAGGGCACGGACAGGAUCCGGCACAUUUCGAUUGUCUCGAACAGAUUCUCGGCAGAAAAUGGGACCACGCCGUCAUCCUUCAGGUACUCUUCCCGUCUGCGUUCCCAGUUAGUUCACUGUGUACUUUUCCAGAACUUUGACCUGAUCAUCAAAUCGCCACAACAACUCUCUGACAUCAGUGAAUCUCUCAACUACACGAGCAUAAUGGGUUUCGACUUUGGCUUCAAGUACAGGUACAACACGAAAGCGGAUUGGACUCCAGCUGGCAUGAAACUCUUCAAGAACGGUACCCACUGGACGUUGUUCCCUCAAAACGCUCCUUUUCAGCAACCGGAGUGCCCGAUAGCAUUCUUCACAAGAAACUGAACGUGAGGAAAAGUCUGAACGAAGUGAUCAUCUCAAAAGUGUUUGUAAGAUCAAUGUUCGAAAAACUGAACAUGCAGAAUAUACUGAAGCAGUUCGACGACAACGAGGUACGUUCGCAACUCUUGUUCUCCUCUUUAUCCAUGUAUUUUUUCAGUAUUACGGAGUAGACGAGAUGCUCGUUCAGACACUUUACGAGAAUUAG